UUUUUUUUAGCUAUUUUUAGAUUGACUAUAUAAAUGUGUGUGUUUCAUCUUGUGUAAAGUAACCCAUUAUCUUGCGUGGUUUUAAUAAAAUGCCAAAUCUUUAAAUCAAGUAUUUCAUAUUCUUAUAAUUACAGGGUCAUGUCGAUUUUACUGUUGUGUUUUGCAGGUGUUGGUAAUUCAGGAAUAUUUGGCGGUGUAGAUCCUUCUGCAAAAGGGCAUCCUAUCGUAAUAAGUCAAGACCCAUGGAAUGGACUUCAUUCCUUCAGACCCUUACAGCCGGGUGGAAAUCUGACAAAUAAUGCCCCCUGGGGAGGACUUAAGGCAGAAGCACAGCGAGAAUCAGUAAGAAUACAAUGGCAAGAGAGAGGGUUAGAUCAGGAACAAGAAAAAGAAAAAAACAGAAGAGUAGAGGUAGAAAAAGACCGAAAAGAGAAAGAAGCUAUAGAGAAAAGUAAAGAAUUAGAAAGGGACAGAGAACAACGUGGCUUUCACCAUCUUCACAACAUAGACCGAACCAGAAAAAGAGAGAGCCAUGGCAGAAGUAAUCGUGGAGAACCAAGAGAGGUGAGAGAAGCUUCUAGAUCUCCAGUUCAAAUAAGUAAACAUAACAUCAAGCCUACAAAUAAUUUUACCACCCCAAAAGCAGAUGUUAAAAUUAAAGAAGAGAAACGAGAAGACUCUCUAUCGCCAAGUUCUAGCUCUGGAGCAACAACUUCUAUUGUUUCAGAACAUCAAACAGUGGAAAUUACUGAAUCUCAAACUUCAAAUAAUUACUUGCCUCAAAAUGUGCCUCAUCAUCCUCAUUUCGGUGCCAUAAGUAAAAUAGAACCUAAUAUUGGAUCAGCGUCUGGAUCCCAUCUGGAACAACUGCCACUUCCCUUUACAUCAUCAUUCAAAUCAACAGUUUCUAUGACCAACAGUGCAACUGUUGAUACUCGGGAUCCGUACAGACUGUUAGAUUAUUCCCAAGUUUCGGGUUGUGGCCGUGAUCAGAUCUUCCAGCGUUAUUCCUCCCUACAUCCUGUGAUGCCUUUCUUGCCCUACGAUCCAUUUCACGAGACUGAACACGCUCGGCACCUUCUGAAUGGUUUGCACGUACCAGAUAUUGCUUCUCAAGUAGAGAGGGGCAAACUUCAUCCGAGCAUCCUCAGACAAAACGAUUCCUCGUUUCUUUAUGCAUCUCCUGGAAUGCUUCCCUUCGUGCCAACAGGUAGCUUAUAUCCUCCACCAAAGAGUCCUUUCUUAAGUAGCAUAACCGACAGUGUGACAACAGUUAAAAAUAGAAACAGUUCGCCAGGAAAUCCUCCCAGCUCCAUUCCACCUCCUCCACUGAUUCCUUUAGAAAAUGAUAUCGUUCAGAAUCAGCAUAGGAGUAGAGACCCUUCUCCUGUAAUCCACUCAACAUUGACAACCAGCCCAUCAGUCCUAUUAGAGAAUUCUCGCAAAGAUUUAUAUGGGAGAGAGAAAUGUGAACUGAGAUUGCAGCCUAAAGAAGCAGACUCCCAGUCUAGGUAACAGCACAAAAAAUGUACAUGCACCGUCAGGAGCACAUCUGUUCUCACAAUGUUUGUGAUGACCUAUUCUGAAAACAAUGCAAUCUUUGUACAUACCAUAUUGUUUAGGCUCUCUGUAGCUAGUUUGACUUUCAUACCACAAGUGAAUGUGUUGUUGCAUUAUGUUCUUCAACUUACCAGAUGUUUCUUGUCAUACGUACCAUUGCCUACUGCCAGAUGGUUCCUUCACAUUUUGAUUUUAUUUUUGUUUACCAUCUCCGAGAAAUUUGUUGAACAAUUGAAUAAAAUGAAAACAUUGUUGCCUCAUCAUUGCAAAGUUUGAUAACGUUGUUGGUUGGUCAUGUUAAAGAUUAGAGCACCUGCUUAUGUUGUGAGUGUGACAGUGAUAAACCCAUGUAGC